GUAACUUUUAGCAUCCUGGGUUAUGCGCAUAAGCUGUUUGAUGAAAUUCCUGUUAGAACUGUGGAAGGAAUCGGCAUAUUAGCUUCUUAA